GGUGGGGGGAAGAAGCAACCACCUCCUUUCGGGAGCUUUUUUUCUUUUACAGUGAAAUUGCCCAGCGGUCGGGAUCGUAGUGGUUUCAGUGGCUCGGCGGCUGUUGGUUCGUUUCGUUCUCAUGGGGUGACACACACACAGUGCAGACGCAGAGAACCAACCAACCCCGUCCGCACACACACCUGCAACAAGGACGUUUGUUGUGUAUACUGGGAAAAGUUGUUGCGGUUGUUGUUGUGAUAUUUAUUUUUCCACCGGGAAUUUGUGUGUGUGUGCGUAAGGAUGUGAAUAUAUAUUUAUUUAGAUCAGGCGUGUGUGUGUGUGUGUGUGUGUGUUUAGAAGGAAGAAGAAGAUUGGGAUGCAAUCACAAACUGUCGGCGACUGUAAAGGAUCACCUCGGGCGCCGAUUGAUUGACUUGUUGUUACUUUUAUUUUCGUCUUGGAAGACUGUUUGUAUGUGUAUGUGUAUGUGAGCCGCUUUUGGCAUUGAUUGACAUUGUCCCAAAUCCAAUAAGGUUCAGCCGAGGAAGUUUACACGUCGAGUGAGGAGAGCGGUGCCGAGGAUAGUGACGAGGACAUCAUCACCGAUUACCUGUCGCCGCUGGACGACAACGGCAAUUUGGAUGCAGGAGCUUCAGCCGCGACCUCAUCAUCAUCCCCUGGCGCCACCGUUGCCGCUAUCAACGUGGCCGCAAUUUCCACUCGUUUCUACUCAACAGAAUCUCCUCCUUCACUGAGAAUCUCUGCCGCCGAGGAUAUGGAACCAGCCGGAGCUGCUGCUGAUGGGGGAGGCACAGACGACCGGAUGAUUAGCAAUUACGCAACCGCUGCUGCUGCUGCUGCUGCUGAAUCUAUUCCCAUCAUCAGCGUCACGCAGCAUUCACCAGCCGCUUCCAAGGCCUUCUUCAUUUUAGAGGACAACCUUCGGCAGUUGCACGGCAUCCAGGAGAGUAUCCAGCGGAUGAGACAAGUCAGCGUGCAGACACUACGACUCCAGUCGCAGGUGGGCAGGAGACUUCGCUACGGAGGAGUCGGUGCUGGAUGCAACUGGAGCCUUUCCUGCCCGUCGUUGAGCGGAAACGGCGGUGGUGGCCAAGGAGGAGUUGCGUCUGGAUUGGCUGGCCACGGAAAUGGCAAUAACAACGAGGCAGAUUGGCUGGGAGCCACGCUGGCCGAUUGGGACUCGCCCACUCCGCCCGGAAUGGCCGCUCAUUAUUGGGUCGGAGGAGAUGGAGGGCCCAGUCAUAAGGCCGGCCUGGCCAACGGAUCGAAGCGGCGACGCAGCUGGGCCAGCCCGUGGGAAGUGGACGAGAUGGGAUUGGCGUCAGCCGGAGGCACAUGUGGCAUCACUUACGAAGAGGCAGGAGGAGGAGGAGCUCUGGAUGGAGUCGGCGGACGGACAAGGAGCAUCAGUUUGAGCAGCGGCGACACGGAUAACGAGCAGGACGCCGCCGGAGGAGGUGGCGGUCAUUCGUCAAGGGCCCGACAGGCCGGAAUUACCACCUCGUCGUCGGCUCUGUCGUCCGGCGAACUCAAAGUCCUGGCCGGACGGCACUCGACCCACUCACUCAACGACAUGGGAUUUCCCUUGAUUCCGGCGCUGCCGACGAAACCGCGCGGAAUGUCCAAGGACGGCGGUGGUGGCGGGCGGGACGGCGAUCCAUCCAAGUGGCUGUCGCCGCGCAUUUUGACGCUACAGAAAUCCAUUUCCACUCCGUCGAUCCUGGCCGUCAAGGACGGGUCCAAUUUGACGGCCCUGACUUUGUCGAGCAUCAAGAACUCGGCGGGCGGUUCCAAUUCGGCCAGCAGCGCGGCAUCCGCCACCAUGGCCGCCACUAUCAUUGGCGCUUCCGUCGGACCCGGCGCUUCCGCCGCCGGAAUGAUGGCCAAGGAAACGCAAGGCAUCCUGAUGACGGCCACAGCGGCUGGACCAACUUCUUCGUUCCCCCGUAUUUCGUCGUACACUGGUUUGGAGAGCGAAACCGAUGACGACUCUGAAUUGCAUUUGAACCACCACCACCACCUCAGUCACGAUCACGUCUCGUCCCGUUAUUCUCUUGGCAGUUUCGUCGCCGAGCCGGGGUUCGAGAACGACGACGACGCCAAUUCUUCCAAGAGACGGAAGCGCGGCAGCAUCUUCUUCCGCAAGCGCAAAGACAAGGACAAGGAAAAGGACAAGAGCAAAUUGAAGCAGCCGCACCAGUUUGUUCCCGUUUGCCAUUCGAAUUCCCAGCCGUGCGACGUCUGCUCCAAAUCGCUGACCAACAAGGCGGCCCUGCGCUGCGAGAGCUGCGCCAUCACCGUCCACGAGAACUCAUGUCGCGACCAGGUCAGCGACUGCACCCGGUUCAAAGUGCCCAAGAGCAUCCCGCUGGGAUCGAAAGUCUCGUCGCUGGCCAACCUGACGGGCGCCGGACACGCCAAACUCCAGUCGUCGCACUCGGCCGUCGGGGCCGCCGCUUUCACGGCCUCCAACGCUUCGUCGGCCGGCUCCUCCCUCUACUACUCGGUGUCGUCCUCGUCGGCCGCCACUUCCGCCGGACUGUCGGCCACCAAUAAUCACGUGACGGCCGGAUCGAGUGCCAACAGCAGCGGCAGCACCUGGUCGGUGGCCCAGUCGAUCGGCUCCACCCUGCCGUCGUCGUCCAAUUCCUCGUCGACGGCCGCCACCAACACGCCGGCCUCCUCCUCACAGACGCCCAGCACCCCCAUCGCUAGUCCGCUCUUCGGCAACAGCGCCGUUAGCAAGCUCAGCGGCUUGUCGCAACGGUCGCAGUGGAAGCGCGUCGCUGCUAAACUCGGCGUCAACAAAUGCGGGGCCGGCGCCGACAAGGAUCCCAAUGAUCCAAGCAAUACUCCCAGCGAGGAUCAACCCAGUCAUGCAACCAACGAAGGAGACGGACACGACACCAUCGAAGGAGUUUUCAAUGCUGCCGAUAUCAAAGACUUGGAUCUGGACCCCGAGCUGGGCAUCCUGGACGAAGAGGCCGAGGCCUGGGUGGGCACGGUCGACAAGAAAAUCUCCAAGAAAUUGAAGGAGAAGGAAAUCAAACGACAGGAGCACAUUUACGAGUUUAUCAUCACCGAGAAACAUCACUGCCUCACGCUCAAAGUCAUGCAAAAGAUUUUCGCCGAAGGAAUGCGGAGGGAGAUGCGGCUGAGCUCGGAGACGGUCGACAGGAUCUUCCCGUGCCUGGAGGAGUUGAUCGAGUACCACCUGCAGUUCCUGCGCCGCCUGAGGCAGCGCCAGCGUCAGGAGUCGAUCGUGUCGACCAUCGAGGACAUUCUGCGGGUCCAGUUCUCCGGUCUGCUGGGCGACCAGCUGCGCUCUCUGUACGGCGAAUUUUGCAGCCGCCACCAGGAGGCGGUGUCCAUGUACAAGGAGAUGAUCAAGGAGGAUCGCAAAUUUGCCGCUUUCGCCCGCCAGUGCACGUUGAAUCCGCUGUGCAAGAAGAAGGGCAUCCCCGAGUGCAUUCUCUUUGUCACGCAGCGCAUCACCAAGUACCCGCUCCUCAUCGAUCCGCUCAUCAAGACGUCCAGGGAGCAGCCGGAAGAGUGUCUCAAACUCCAGCAAGUCCUCGGAUUCGUCAAGGACAUUUUGAUUGGAGUCAACGCCCAAGUGGCCGAGAAGGAGCGCAAGUUGAGGCUGAUUGAAGUGUACAACAAGAUCGACGCCAAAUCGGCCACCACCUACAAGAACAAAAAGUUCAAAAAGUCGGACCUCCUCUCAAGCAACCGGCGGCUCAUGUUCGAGGGCGUGGCCUAUCUCAAUCACGCCAGGGGCAAAGUCCAACUGGUCACGGUCGUCGUCCUCUCGGACGUUGUUUUCUUCCUUCAGGAGUCGAACCAAAAAUUCCAUUUCGUCACUCAGGACAACAAGGCUGGAGUCAUUUCGCUGCAAAAGUUAUUGGUCCGCGAGAAAGCCGGUGGCCAGGACACGCGGAGCAUUUACUUGAUCAGUUCCAAUCCGGACGAGCCGGAAAUGUACGAGCUGCAGUGCCAGAAUCCGCGCGAGAAGCGCAUCUGGAUCGAUACGAUCCGGGCGGCCGUGGAACAGUGUCCGGAAGACGAGGAAGGGAACGUGAGCGAAGGCGAGGAGCAGCGCAAAAUCCGCGAGGCCCAGGACAUUAAGACCCGCCAGCUGAUCGCCACCCUGAGGGAGAAGGAUCGACAGCUGGGCAGUUUGCUGGAAGAGAAGAUGGCCACCUUUUGCGAGCUGGUGGAGCUGCUGGCCAACAACGAGGACAGCACCAGCUCCUGGCUCCUCCUGGGCUCGGACAGCGCCCCGCCCAAAUACAGUCACCUGGUCGAGCAGGGAUUCCAGUCUGCCCAGGCCAAGGAAACGCUGUCGCAGGCCAUGACGGAACUCUGCCGCCUCUUGGGUUUGCUCCUCUCCAGCAACGCGGCCGCCAACUGGAACUUGUCGCGCAGCGUCAGCUCGGUGGGCGAGAGGCACAGCGACACGUUCUCGAUGCCUCUGCUGCCCAAACGGGCCGAAACGUUCGGCGGAUUCGACCAGAACGGCAAGGAGAAGGGCUGCGUCAAGAAGAAGUCGGCCACCGAUUUGACGGCCGUCGAGUCGACCACAACAACAACCAACGAACAACAACCGGCUUCCUGGUCGGCCCAGACUCCGCCCGUCUUGCAGUUGAACGGCGACCAACAGGCGAUGGGAUUGGAGCUGGUCCACAACGUCAGCACGCUCCUGUGUCUGUUGUCCAGUCAAGCGACGGCCUUUGAGUCGUUGCGCAAUGAUUUCCUGGCCGAGAUCAAAGCCAGUCGCAGCGGGACGGCCCUGACGUCGGCUCCUUUCGGCUCCUCGUCGGCCACUUUGGCCAAAUUCCAGCACAAGGCCAGUCACAACCAGCGGCUGGAGGAGUUGCGCAACUUGCAGGAUCGGCUGUCGAAGGAGAAGGCGGAAUGGUCGCGCGAGCGGACCAUGCAGGAGGAGCACAUCAGCGAGCAGCGCAAGCAGCUGCUCAAACUCCAGGAGCAGGUCAGGAUCGAGAACACGGACAUCCAGCAGCAGAGGGAGAAUCUCUACCAGAAGCUGGAAGCCCUCAGGGGCCAGGGAAUCCUCCUGAGUCCCAACAUGACGAUCGUCUCGACGGCUCCGAUGGCCUCGGCCGUCAGUCCGACAUCCGGCGGCGAAGACGCUGACGCGACGGGCGGCCCGUCGUCACCGCCUCCGCCCAAUCCGCCGCCCAACUCCACGUCGCUCCUCCCAUCGCCCACGCCCUCGUCGGUCGAUUUGGGCCGGCGGAAGACGAUUUCAGGAGGAUCCAACACGGCCGGAAUGGGAUCGGCCAGCGCCGGACUUCUCAAACGGGAGAGUUGCAGCAACUUGCCGCUGCCGAUGAAUUUGAUCAGUGCCAAAAACGAGCAGAAGGCCGUCGUGGCGGCGCAAUCCAACACUUUGCCCAUCAAACAGCAACUGCCCAUGAAAUUGGCCAAGUUGGGAGCCGCUCUGGGAUCGGCCGGGCACGCCACCGGCGGCAAUAGCAAUAGCGGCGGCAGCAACAAUUCCAGUCACGGCAGUCCGCACGGCAACGUGGCCUCACCCACCGGCGGAGGCCUCGUCCAGCAGCUGCUGCCGCUUCGUCUCUCUGAGAGUUUGGAGCACAAACGGGCCAGUCCCAAGGUUCCGUCGACGGAUCCUUUCAAACCCAAACUCAGUUCGAGCAGCUUCAGCCCGCCGGCCAGCAAGAGCGAAGACUUUGUCGCCGGCCACAGCCGGACGGGCAGCAGUCCGGCGUCCAUUCAGAUGCUCAGCCCCAGACACCACCACUACCACCACACAACCGCCACCACCACCGCAACAACAACUUCAACUGCCAGCGCCGGUGGCAACAUGCAUCCGCCAAAAGUUCCCGACAAGCCGGCCUCGCUCUUGCUGCAGCAAGCGGCCAGGGGCUCGCCGCAAUUGCCUCCGCCGCCAGGCCAUCACCAACAUCACCAGGCCCAGCCUCCGCCCAAAGUUCAUGAUCCGGAGACUAACCAAGAAAUUGUUUUCCUUUAAAACCAAACCCCCUGGGUUCAAAACAACAACAACCAUUUAAUCUUCAAACAAAACAAGUCUUUUUAUUUAAUCAUUUUAUAUUUUGCUCUCCAUUUGGCCCAUGAUUUGUUUUAUUUUUUUCCAGCGAUUUUGGGUCGACUUUUUUUAAAUCAUUUCUUUUAGAUCUGACGAAAAUCUCCAUUUGUUUAACCCCCCGUACAUUAAUUCGUUUUUAUUUUCAACGGGGAAAAUAACACACACAAGGUAAAUCUCAUUUGAUUCGGCAAAUGGAAUUUUUUAGAAAAAACAAACACGCAAACGUCGAAUAUUUUCACCAAACGUUUUCGGUUGAGUGUUAGUGUGUGUGUGAAUUAACUUUUUUUUCUUUUCAAAAUUGCUAAUUAAUAAUAGCGAACGAGAUCUACCCCAUUUGAUUAUUAUUUGGCGAAUGACAAUUUUAUCGUUUUUUUUUUAAUUUUUUUAACUGGCGCAUUUUGGGCGGGAAAAUUCGAAUCAAUAAAAAUUCGGCGGCUAGACUUUUUAUUCCUCGUAACGUCGAAAUCAUUCCGUGCCGCUUUUCAAUUAUUUUGUAGUAAAAGAAGAAAGAAAGAAGAUAAAAAUGUGGUGAAUCAUAUGGAGGAGAAAAAAAAAAGUUCGAAAAAAUUUAAUUAUAUUUAACCCUUCCCCGUCCUUGAAAGUAAUAAAAAAACGAAUCGUAAACUCCUGUAUCCCCUGCCAGGACCUCGGGUGUGUCCGUGUGUGUGUUUGUGUGCGUGUGUGUGAACGAGUUCAAUCAUCACCAUCAACAAUCACAAGCAAAACUUAUUAUUAUUUGGUUUUUACGUGUCAUGUCAUUUGUGUGGGGGGGAAUUUUGUUUGAAUUUCCUUUUGUUUCCCGCCGUUUUUUUUUUAGUGUAUGUGUAUGUGUUAGUGUCGCGAUGACAGCCAGCGCGUGUCGACAAUAAUAUCUAUGCACCGUAAAAGAAUAAAAAAACAAAACAAAAACCAAUAAAACAUGUUUUAAAGAGGAGAUAUCAUUUCUCGUUGUUGUAGUUUUGACGAUGAAUGUCUUUGCCCGCGUUAUUACGCAAUUGUGUUAGCCACGCCCUCCCAUCACACUUCUCCAAAUGAACCCCUUCCUUUUUUGAAAUCACCCCGCAAAAGAUUUUUUCUUGAUCGGAAAAUGUUAGACGACAAAAUAGGAAAUUGGGUUUCGAUCGACCUUUUUUUUUUUAAAUAAUCUGUAAAUAGGAAUAAAGACACAGCCUCUUUACUUCCCGCCACCCCUUCUCCUGUAUACCAACGAUGGAGCACCAAUACUGUUAUGUGAAGUAAUACAAACAAAAAAAUACAUUGACCAAAACUGAA